AUGUCAACCUUUCUGGCACCAGGGGCUGGUUUCCUGGAGGGGAGGCUUGAGGUUCUGUGGCCCUAUCCUGGGGAGUCAGUCAACGUCAGUGCCAUGAAGGGUGUCCUCAUUGCUGGCAUCAUCUUGGCACUUGCUGUCGCAGCUGUAGAAUCCCUCAGCUGUGUGCAGUGUCAUUCAUGGGAAAACUCCUGUGUAAACGUCACUGCCACUGAAUGUCCAUCAGAUGCCAACACCAGCUGUGUCGGCUCCUCAGCCAGCUCCUCUCUAGCCCCACCACGGAACAUCUCCAGCAACAUUGAGUGUCCUGCUUGUUAUGGAUCUGAUGGGGCUUCUUGUACUGAGAGGCUCCAGAAAUGUCAGGAAGAGGAACGGUGUGUCUCUCUAGUUGCGGAUUUUGAGAAUGACACGGCGUCUGAUCGGCUAGUGCUGAGAGGCUGCUCCCACAUAAGUGGCUCCACCUGUCAGUUCCUGUCUGUGGGAAACAAGACCGUGGGAGGCGUCGUCUUCCGCGAGUUUCAGACACCCCAGGACUCCCUGUUUUGA